AGAAUCAUCUCACACAUAAAGACAUCAAGGAGCCUCCACAUCAUGUGCCACAUUCCAGUCUUCUGUUGGAUUUCUGCAACAGUCCUUGAACACAUGUUGAAACAUAAGAGAGAAGAGAUGCCCAAGACUUUGACUGAGAUGUACACACACCUUGUGGAGUUUCAUACCAAACAGAAGAAUGAAAAGUAUCUUGGGAAAGAAGAGACAGGUCCACACUGGAAUCAAGAGAGCAUUCUGUCACUGGGAAAACUGGCUUUUCAGCAGCUUAUGAAGGGCAAUCUGAUUUUCUAUGAAGAAGACCUGAAAGAGGCUGGCAUUGAUGUCAAUGAAGCCUCAGUGUACUCAGGAUUGUGCACACAGCUCUUUAAAGAGGAAUGUGGGCUGUACCAGGACAAGGUGUACUGCUUUGUUCAUCUGAGCAUUCAGGAGUUUCUGGCUGCUGUAUAUGUGUUCCUCUCAUUCAUCAACAACAAUGAGAAUCUAAUGGACAAACUGCAAACAAACGACGAGCCUGAAGUUACUUUCUACAAGAGUGCUGUGGAUAAAGCCUUACAAAGUGAGACGGGAAACCUGGACCUUCUCCUCCGCUUCCUUCUGGGCCUCUCACUGGAGUCCAAUCAGAAGCACUUACGAGGUCUACUGACAACGACAAGAAGCAGCUCACAGAGCCAUGAAGAAACAGUCAAGUACAUCAAGAAGAAGAUCGGGGAGAAUCCCUCUCCAGAGAAGAGCAUCAAUCUGUUCCACUGUCUGAAUGAACUGAAUGACCAUUCUCUAGUGGAGGAGAUCCAAAGAUACCUGAGAUCAGGAAGUCUCUCAGAAGACGAACUGUCACCUGCACAGUGGUCAGCUCUGGUCUUUGUGUUGCUGACUUCAGAGGAAGGCUGUGCUUCUCUGGUCUCAGCUCUGGAGUCAAACCCCUCACACCUGAGAGAGCUGGAUCUGAGUAACAAUGACCUGAAGGAUUCAGGAGUGAAGCUGCUCUCUGCUGGACUGGGGAAUCCCCACUGUAAACUGGAGACUCUGAGGCUGUCAGGCUGUCUAGUCACAGAGGAAGGCUGUGCUUCUCUGGUCUCAGUUCUGGAGUCAAACCCCUCACACCUGAGAGAGCUGGAUCUGAGCUACAAUCACCCAGGAGACUCAGGAGUCAGACUGCUCUCUGCUGGACUGGAGGAUCCACACUGCAGACUGGAGAAACUCAAGCUGUCAGGCUGUGGAGUCACUGAGGAAGGCUGUGCUUCUCUGGUCUCAGCUCUGGAGUCAAACCCCUCACACCUGAGAGAGCUGGACCUGAGUAACAAUGACCUGAAGGAUUCAGGAGUGAAGCUGCUCUCUGCUGGACUGGGGAAUCCCCACUGUAAACUGGAGACUCUGAGGCUGUCAGGCUGUCUAGUCACAGAGGAAGGCUGUGCUUCUCUGGUCUCAGCUCUGAGGUCAAACCCCUCACACCUGAGAGAGCUGGACCUGAGCUACAAUCACCCAGGAGACUCAGGAGUCAGACUGCUCUCUGCUGGACUGGAGGAUCCACACUGCAGACUGGAGAAA